CUUGACAACUUGGCUGCUCAGUUCUUAAUUAAAUAUCUGCAAAUAAGAAAGAUUGACAGGGGUGAUUAGAGUCUUUGUAAAUGAUGUUUUUGUUUUGAUUGUUCUUGGGCAAUUGACUAAGAGGGUAAAGCGUUAUUGAUCCCUUCAAAGGACCUUCAAAGCAUUACAUAUUGGUAUCAAAUUCGUACCAGAGAAAGAUAAUGAUUAUAUAUAUAUUUUCUCUUUUCAUUAAAGCUCAAAUUGUGAGACUCGCAAAUGGAGCUAGAGAAAGUGAAGGGCGUGUGGAAAUAUUUCAUGACGGUGAAUGGGGAACGGUUUGCGAUGACCACUGGGAUAUCAACGAUGCAGACGUCGUAUGCAGAAUGCUGAAUUACUCAAGAGCUUUACGAGCUCCUGGAAAAGCAUUCUUUGGCCGAGGGAAUGGCAAAAUUUGGCUCGGUAGCGUUAACUGCCGAGGUAAUGAGACCUCCCUUCCUCAGUGUGGACACCAGGGUUGGAAUGUAGACAGUUGUGAUCAUCAUGAAGAUGCUUCUGUUAUCUGUGAGAGCGAAGCAGCACAUUUUGAAUCAAACAGUUUUAUUCUGGCUUGUGGGUCUGGACGGAGUUUACUAUAUCACAUCCCACUUGACACAGACCUUCCAGAGAAAGGAUUACCUCUUGCAAUACAGACGAACAAACCAUUGGCAGUAACGUUUCACGGCAAGGGCCAAAUGGCAUACUGGACAGAACAAUCAGGAUCCAUCAUUCGUGCCCAUCUAAAUGGAAGUUCUAGGCAGGUUAUAGCUUCAGGAUUGACCCAUCCGGCAGGUAUUGCUAUAGACUACAUCGGCCAGAAUCUGUACAUAGCUGACCAAGAUGGCAUCAAAGUGUCAAGGCUUGACGGUUCAUAUCAGAUGCUGCUUAUCAACUCCUCAGAGGCGUGCCAUGGAAUUGCUCUAGAUAGCGAAGCAGGACAUAUCUACUAUACCUUAACUGGUGUCAGUUCUCAAAUACGGCGCGCAGAUAUGGAUGGUAGAAACGUCGUAAUCUUGGUGAAUGUGACCUCCAUUAGAAGAACUACACUUGACAUAUCACUAGACAAAGUUAAAAAACGACUGUACUUUUCAGACGAAAGUAAUAACCUGGUCAAGUAUCUUGACCUUGCCAGUUACAAGACUCAUUCAGUGCUUUCUGGAAACCCUCGUGGACCGGUUGGUCUCACCUUGUUCAACGGAACUCUUUACUGGACUGGUGUUGGAGCAGCGAUGUUUAGUGGAGCCAUAUACAAGGCUGAUGUUAACAACGUCACUUUUACCAGCCCUAUUCGUCAGGUUGUAGAUCUUCUUUCGCACCCCACAGGAUUAUACGCUCACGAUGCUAGAAUCAGCGAGUCACCAGCCUCCAACCAUUCAUGUGCACAAGACAAUGGUGGUUGCUCCUACCUUUGUUUAAUAAACCCGCCAGGUUACAGAUGCGUCUGCCCUGGAGGGCCAUGCCAGACAACAGUUACUUCAUCGGUCUCUGUUUCAAGCUCAUCUUCAAUAAGUUCGGCUUCCGCCUACUCUAGUCUUCCUACGCCGUACCUCAGCAUGGCCAUUUCUUCUACUCCUUCAAAAGUUUAUUCUUCGCCCACAAAACCGGUCCCCGCCACCACAUCUUUCGUCAAUUCGAUUUCUGCGACUACUACUCCUGUUACUGAUUACUGCUCCACAAACGACCCAUGCGAGAACGGAGGCAGCUGCCAAAUGGAUGGUCCCAGCUACACGUGUGUGUGCAUACAGUAUUUCCAUGGCCAGCACUGCUCAAUAAACUAUAGUGGUGGAACUGUUGUUAUUGUAAUACAGAUACCAGGCAAUCAGUUGAAUAUAACGGAACUGACGGACAUCAUCGUCAAAAUCUUGAACAGUUUUUGCGAAGGUGAAAGUAACAGAUGUCCAGUACCACUCUCAGAGGGCACAAGGAGAAAACGAGCGAUAAAUCAGAUGACUUUCACAUCGGAAGACAUCAUAGUAACGGAACCCAAGCCAGUCGACGAAAACCUUCAAGUAGAGUUGGCUAUUGUUAAAACUAUGCCUGACGGUUCCUAUGUUGUUAUCUCAAAUGAAAAACUCACUCAAAUAUUACUCGAGUCGGCUGAGGAAAUUAAUCAAGGACUCAAUGGAACGAUAAUAAACAUUACACCAAAAUUUCCCGGACCGACAACAAAAACAACGCCGUACAGUGAAAAGACAACAACGAUAACACAAACAACGCCAGAAGUAACAAAAACACCUGGAACAACUACCCAGGCACCGGGAGGCCCGGGUGAAGUGGCUGCCAGCACAGGAGGCAGUAAUGGGGGAGUUAUCGGUGGUGUUGUCGUGGCUGUGCUUGUUAUUAUCAUCAUGGUUAUAGCAUUGGCAGUCUGGUAUUUCAGGGUAAAAAUCCCCAGUCUUCCAUUUUCAUACAAAAAGAAUUCAAAUGUUCCUGGUCCUGGCCCACGCGUUGCAGCGUUUGAGAAUCCAGGGUACGACAAUACCCAAGGAUUUGCCACAGGUGAUGAUGGUCUCUACAGAGACCUACCACAACCAGUGGUUCUCUCUCCAUAUGAAGAUCUGAAUGAAUUUGGCGCUGCAAGCAACCCCAUUUAUUCUGAAUUUGGCAUGACAAAGCUAGGCUCACAAGAUAAACGUGGAGGAUCCUUGAGAAGAUCUGAUGUCGAGAAGAAUAUGUUUGGCAGCCAACCGAAAAUGUCUUGGGUCGAUAACGAAAACCUCACCAACGACAAUGGCAACGAUGGUGAUUUCGGAAGUAAAGUAUCUUUGCGGAGCAGUGCUUCCAUCAAGAAGUUGAAAGCCAACCAGGUGGACAUAACGGUUCAAGGUGAUGAAGAGGAAACUGAAAAGAAGGAAUCUGCAAUGGUGCCCGAUGAUGGUGUUUGUAAGGAACAGGAAAAUAAAGGUCAANCUGUGCUUGUUUUGGAGACCGGUGACGAGCUCGAAAAGGCGUCCGAAAUGUGAAACGUGUGCCUGAUGGAAAACAAUUCCUUGCCUUCGUAUUUCGAGUUUUCGGAUUAAUUCCAUUUUUACAAAUGUGUGAUUUUACUGUUAAAUAGACGUCUUUUGUGCUGGUUGCUACAGUAAGCUUUUAUCGUAACAUGUAACAAAUCAAGCAUGAAAACGUAUACCUCAAAAAGCUGAUAUGGAACCCUUUUUUCUAUAAAAAGAAAAAGACGCAUGAAGCAUAACGACUUGUACAUUUUCAAAGGAAAAAAAUAAUGACAAUUUUGUUAGAAUGAAUUUUUUUUUAAAAUUUGAAAACUUUCAAGCAUAGCGUUGAUAAUAUCAAUGCCGCUUUUUACAAAAUGGCCAUGCUCAAUAUAUUUAAGCAAUGGACCGCAUUUUCCAAGGAUUUACUAACGCAAUGAACCAACUCGGGAUGUUGAAAGAGCUCAAAAAAAGCUUGUAAAUCUAAUCCUUUUGUCGACUAGUAUAUAUAGGCUUUUCCAUCGAAAGAAUAAAAGAAUACUGAAAAUGAAAAAAAUGAAAGCAUUGAACCCGGCCAGCAAACAGGUGAUUUUCCGAUUUUUCGUCAUGCGACAAAACUGGAUUUUGUCGUAAGGGAAUCAGGAAUCGGUGUAAAUUUCUGUCUGAAAAAAAAUCUUCAAGAUUAUAUUUCGACCAAUUUCUCUAGUGAAUGUUAAAUAAAAAGAUAUUCCCGUUUGAAAUAUUAUGCCUGCCAGUGAAAGAGGAAACUCGUUUUCUCUCAAGUUCCUUCACUUCCACUGCGGGUGGCAAGAAACUUCAUUUCAGUGGUCAACGCUAAGUGUUAAUAAACUGAUAGACCAAAAGAAGACUAAAAAAAUAAGUCGGGAAUUCUUUGUCUUUCCACGUAGUGCUGCCUUAUCGGUAACUGGGUGGUUACCGGGACAAUGGUAAUUGGUUUCACCAAUCAGAGCACUCGGAGUGUCUCUGUUUUAUGCAGUUUUGUAGAUCUUGGACUUCUAUUGUAUACUUACCAGAUAGUUGUCAUAAAAAUUGUCAUUUAAAAACUUUUUUUGCAACGUUAGUAAUUAGUAAAUGGAAAUAACUAUUACGUUA